CCCGAAGCUUCUGAGCGUCGAGGCACCCACGUCUCCGAUACGUGUUUGCUUUACAAAUCCCUCCACCAUCCCAACCCACAGCAAGUCGACCCAACUUUUUUCUCAACGCCGUUGAUUCGCGCGCUGUGAGCUGUCGAAGAGCUUGCACUCCUCGACUCCGGAGCGUGCUCGGUACGCAUGCUACCACGAGCUUCGACCCUUCGACUGGUCAGAUCAAGCCAUUGGUCGUAGCACAGAGCAGGUGGUGCUCAAUCCGCGGUGCGCGGUAUGCUGCUCGACACCUUGUCAAGCGUUGCAGGACACACAGCAGGACGAUCAUUCGAGGAUACUCUGCGUCAACUGCAAGCCGGGUAUGGAUCGCAAACGCACGACCCGUUCCCUGCCGAUUUGGCGCAGGCCCUUUCUCGGCCCGAAGGUGCCUCGGCGGGGGCUGUACGAGAUCUCGAGGCGUUCGUGCACCGCCUCUUCACCCUCGAUCUCGACAGCACGUUCUUCAUUCAAGUAGCAGCUUGCAUCGCGGUCAUCGCGCUGCUUCUUGUAUGCGGCGUGAUUGUCAUCUUGAUACGGAUCAUCAAGCAGAGGUUCUGGCUCAUCAAAAUUACAAGACGGUCAGAAGGCGUCUACAUUGUUCCCAAUGCUCUCAACUGCUUCUUGGUCAUGGAGGGCAUUUUUGGAUGCGUGUGGAUCGUCUUUAGCGUCACGCAAUUUUUAGCUUACUGGCGGGCUCAGAGCAACCCGCAAGGCUGGCUUGCCGUCUUCAACACCAUCAUCUGGCUUCCGCUGUGGCUUGGAGCCUAUGUGGCGGGCUGGGGUUCCUUCUAUACCGCUCCUGGUGCACUCGACCGUGGACCGCUCAGUAGCUCGACGGUCGGUCGUUGGCUACCUCGACCACUGCUGGUCAAUUUGAUCAGCCUCGGAACUCCCUUCGUGCUGGUCGCGUCUGUUGCGCCGCCUAUCAUUCUAGCGCAAGUCAAUCUCAAUCGUUCGUUCUCCCUGUAUCAACAAUUUUCGGCGAACGCCCUGCAGCUCGCAAAUGCGUCUGGCAGCUCGGUCGUUCCCCGUUCCACUACAGAGCAAUUGCUCGAACAAGCUGAUCGAGUCUGGGUUGCCCAGCUCCACGCGCAGUGGUUUCAAGGCCUGACCUACACGAUCUGGUCAGUCUGGGCAGGUCUUUUCCUGAUCUUCUACAUUCCGGCCGGAGGGGUGCUCCUCAAGCUGGUGUUGAGCCAAGUGCGAAAGCAGCGCAAGGUAUUGGAGGAGUUUCAAGAGCGACAAGUAGCGGCGGCCAAGGAGAAAAGGCCUUUGCCGACUCAGCCGAAAGACUCACAUCGCUUCUCGGCUGCGAGCGGUGAUGCUCCGCGGCCAUUCGAGUCGGAAGAUGGUCCGUCAGAGUCGCUGCUGUUCAGGCCUCUGGGCGCCAGUGGCGUCGACGGUUCCACAGCAGUGCCAGACGAAGGUCUUACACCGCCUGUCACACCGCGCACUGCAGUAGGACAAAGCGCAGCGUUGGAACGACACAAGUCGGAACAAGAGAUUUUCUUUCCGCCAUUGCGAUCAGACGUGGAGCGCAAAGCAAAGCGACGAUUCAGUCACGCUGGAACUCCGUGGUCGCGCUACAGAUACCUGCGGCGCUGCUACAUCAACCUGCUGCUCCUGUACAUCAGCAUCACCAUCGGUGCGACUGCGUACCUGGCAAUCUCGGCACUUCUCGGCGGACGUUUACAUAGCAGCUUCGCUGGGGGACCAAAGAAAGCAUCGAACCUCAUACAGGGUGCAAGCCUGGCAGCAGCGUGGACUGCAGUGGUUUUUGGUACUCUCGCACUCAGCUCCAUCUUUUCUCGCUUCUUCGAUCCAGCCAAUGCGCCUUCCGAUGAUGAUAGCAGACGACAGGCUUCACGUCUGGGAAGCAAGAGGCCUCGCAAUGGCUCGACGACUCUUAACGCUCUCAGCCCGCACGAGAAGACUCGAACGUUGCCGGCCGUACCAGAAUCUGUGCAUGCCACCUUUGAUGCGGGCACAAUGACCGGUGCGGGCGAAGCAGAUACCUUUCGCUCACACAGGCAAGUGCCCGAUCCAGAGGAGCAGAGCGCAGAUGCUCUAGACGAUGUGGGCAUCAAGUUCAGCUUGAAACGGGACAAGCGCAAGCCAAAUGCUAUCUUCAUGCGUCCCGUUGCAGAUGGCAUCAUGAGCCAAACUGCAUCAAUGGACGAUCCUCAAUUCCAAAUCAUGUCGAUCAACGAUGCUGAAGAUCCGCAGACUGCAUCCCGCAUCAGCAGCUCGUCGAGACGCUCAAAGAAGACGAUGAGACCAAAGCUAUUCAACAGAUCAAAGAGCAGCGUUCACGUUCCGAUGGAUGAGACGGCAACUAUGACCAGUCUCGUCGAAAACCUUGAUCUUGACCCUGGUCGGGUGCAGCGCUCCCUGCGACAAGGCAAGACGGUGUACUACCCAACGCCUUUUGGACCUAUGCCAGCUCCAGUGCGCGGAGCUGGCAUGCCACUUGCGCCAGCCCGCUCUCCCUUCGCCUCGGCUGGUGACUUGGCCAGACUUGCAGCCGAACAUGCGAAUGAAGGGCCAAGUAAUCCUGAGUCAAGUGAGGGAAGUCAUCGCUACACGCACUUGGACAACAGCGCUAGCUCCCUGGGCGCGAACCACGCACGCCUUCUCUCGAACGCCAGUCACUCGUCUACCUUGCUACCAGCAGGUUUCGAUCAUCAAGAGAGACCCGCGACUGCAUCGACCUACUACCACACUCCUUCGGAUAGGUCAGCCGAUCACGUGCGAACGUUUUCGGGAACCCCACCUCGAUCUGCUCCUUUCAACCAGCUACGUCACUCUUCGUCCGCGCAUUCCGGGACGCCGCCCAGCAGCUCUGGUCGAGCGUGGGUGAUGCGGGAAUGGGCCUUGGCUGAAGCGGAAGGCAAAGCAUGGGGCUCGCCUCGAGGUGCGGAUGCCUCGGAGUGCCAUGGAACGCCAUCGAGAGUAAGAUCAGGAUCUGGAUCGGUCUUGCCGCUGCAUCUCCAUUACAAUGCCAAUCGAAGACCAAGCAUGCCUUUGCUUUCGCGCGAAGUUGCUCGUCGACCCAGCAAUGCCGCGUGGUACGCUGGGCAUACCCAAGCGGCGCCGCCAAUCCGGCGAGCUUCUCAUGGCACCCUAGCUCUGGCACCUACGGCUGGACCAAGUCGGUCGCCCAUCACCACGAGUGCCAGGAUGGGCAACAGGCACGAUUUGCCAGAGAUGAGUCCACCUCCCAACGCUCCGCUUCCUCUUGCGCCGCAUCAGCAACCCGACGAGGCCGCGCUUGCACUUGGAGGUUGGACGCGAGAAAGUAGGAAUCUGACCUCCACGGCUGCCGUCCAGCAGCAGCAGCCUACUUGCGCGCCUCCCGCUGGUCUUGCAGGCCUAAACGCUUACACGAAGCCCUCUUACAUUUCACCCAAAAGUCCAGCUUUGCAACUUCAAGCACUAGAUCCGCCGCCCUUUUCAUCUUUUGGAAGAAAUAGGAGCGCAGCAUUGAGCAGCUCCACAUCACCUCCCAACGCACCUCCACCGCGCUUGUCGCCCGGCGUCUUUUUUUGAAAGAUCACAGAGCGGCCCCUCCAUCCGUACGCACCUGCAUCUUGCGCUAUCCGAUCACACUCUCCUCGUCGAGUCUACAUCACUCUCCUUUCAAUCUUGCACAAUACACUCUUCUCCCCUUGCAUUGCUUUCUAUAUAUCAUUCAAGAUUUCGACACAUCAUUGGCAUUCUGUUAUCACCUUGUACUUUCAGCUCUGGCGUGUUCUGGUUGCUCUUGCGCAAAGGAUGGGGGGGCCA